CCGCGUUCCCGAUUGAAUUGCGAUUUUGACAAUUGCGAUUGUCAAUUAGCAAGCACCACGGCGAAUGGCAACACAUCUGUCAGAAGUAGAAGGGGCAGCAGAUUUUGUCCCAAGAGCAAAAGUAAUUGUGAAAAAUUCGAAAUUUGUUUUACCGUGCUUCAGAGACGAGUGGAAAAGAAAAAAAAUCCAAAGUGCGUGGCAAGGGUAGCGCUUGCUCGCGUGCCAACAGUUACAGCGACAGCAUGGCCACAGAGCAGCGUAUUCUUAAGCAAGACGGGUACUUGGAUGUGGGCGACAAUAGCGGAGCACCCGCUCGUCCGUUCGAGAUGCGCAACAUCGUCUACCAUCCGCAAUUGAAUGUGCUGCUGUUGUUCGGCUGCAAUAAUGUUGUGAAGGUUCUGGAUGUCAAUUCUGGAGUUGUUUUGCAGACGUAUAAAUUGAGUAAAAAUGGCGAAAGCGUCGUUCACGGUCGUUACAUGCCCUUGCAAGAUAAAAUCUUGUUCUGGGAUGGCCACAAUGUGGGUUUGCGCGGCGACUACAAUGGCGUCCUGCUGCUGGAUACCAUAUUGCAGGCGCCCAUUGGGCAGAACGACGACUACAUUAAGCUGGAGAUCAUAUUGUCCGAGGCGAUCAUCUUCCAGCACUGCAUCAACGAUCUGGAGAGCGAGGGCCUCGAGUGUCCCUGCGACAUUAGCAACGAGCUAACCCAGAAGAUAAACAAGGCCCAGAAGAAUGCCAAGAAGGGCAUCAAGGCCCAGCGAUGGAAUACAAUAUGUCUGGAGGUGCCCUAUUCCAGCAUGAAGCUGGUGGCCAACAACGUGGUCAUCCUGCUGAAGCGUCUGGAGCGUCACAUUCCAGUGCUUGCCAUAGCAUCCGCCAUCAAUGAGCGGCUCACAGACAUGAUGAUGGGCUCGCGGGUGCCCGAUUUCGGCUGGAAUUUCAGCAACUUUAAGCGUGUGCUCAUGCACUCAGAGGCCGUGCGUCGCCAGACAUUCGAGAAGUGGCCCCACAUGGACUACAAGUGGGCGCUGCCGGAUCAAAUGGCACAGGCCGGCUUCUACCAUCAGCCGUCGUCCUCCGGGGAGGAUCGUGCCAUGUGCUUCACGUGCAACGUGUGUCUGGUUUGCUGGGAGAAGACCGACGAGCCCUGGAGCGAGCACGAGCGCCAUUCGCCCAUCUGUCCGUUUGUCAAGGGCGAGUACACGCAGAAUGUGCCCCUGUCCAUCACGUAUGCCACUAGUCCGGCCCUGUCGGCGCCUGGCCUCGGCUUCGACAUCAUCUCAAACAGCGACUAUGCGAAUGUGCUGUGCACCAGCUGCUCUCAGACGGGCGAGCUGAGCGUCUGGAGCAUUGAGCGUCAUCUGCGGCUGAUGUACAGCUUCCACGUACCGACCCUGCUCAAGGAUGUGUUCGAGGAGAGCUUCGAGUGGGCCCGCGUGACGGCCAUCUGUGUUCUGCCCAAUGCCCGAGCCCGCACCAAGGUCAACUACGUCUAUUCCGCUGCCAAUUAUGGUGGCUCUAGCAGCGGCAGCGGCGGCGGCGGCUCGCAUGCUGGCUCCAAUCAGACCAGUGGCAAAUUUGGCAGCGUCAAUGCCCAGCAUAUAACCUCCACAUCCACACUGCGCGCGGGCGUGGUGGGGUCCAAGAUUGUGCUGGGCGUCAGUGUGCGCCAGAGCAGCGGCGAGGUGGCCCUGCGCAUGGUGGUGCUGAAUAUUGUGGAGGUGUAUCGCCAGAGCGAGACCUCGGCCAGCGUGAGCAACGACAGUGGCAGCGUCUCCAGCGUUGGGGGAAAUCUCAAGAAGACCUCUUCACAUAUCGGUACCGGAACCACCUCCUCGAGUGAUGCCAACUGUGGGGGCGUGGGAAACGUCACCCAAGCGAAUCUCGAGUCCAAGGACGAUGACAACAAGGCCAUGACACCGUACGAGAAAUUCGCCGAUGGCUUCGAUAGCAAUGGCUUUGUGUCCGCCUUGAUGACCUACAACAAGAACAAUGGCGCCAGCCAGCCCAUGGACGAUGCGUCCGUCUUGUAUGACUUUGAUCUGUGCACUCUGUCGCAGAUACUCGAUCAUAAUCUUGAGGAUCCUCUUGGCGGUCUGAUGGUCACCUCAAACACCGUCAAUGUGGGCAAUCUUCCUGCCAUGGGCAAUGACAUGGACAAGCUUGUCGACGAUGCCGAGAUGACGCAUCAGAAUAUCAACAACAACAACAAUAAUAACAACAACAACGAUGGCAACUCUUUGGGCGGCAGCACCAAUAACAACAAUAAUAACAACAACAACAUAAUGCUAAAUGGAAGCAACAGCAGCAGCGACAAACUGAUGGCCAGCGAGGAGAUCGAAUGUGUCGUCGAGAGCUGGACCAGCGUGAAUCGCACGAAUGCCUUGGAUGGGGGGGCGGGAAGCGGCGAGAACGGUGACGUUGCCAGUGCGUCCCAAGAGAUCGUUGAGAUAGCCGAGAUAAUGCCCUCAACACCGAAAUGCAACCAGCUGCUGGUCAAGCUGUUGCGCACCAAGGCCCCAGAAACGGAGGGCAGUAAGAUCAUUAUGGCCACGGUGGCCAAAGAGGAUGAGGAGGAGGAACAGGAGGCAGACGACCGCAUGGAUACGGACAACAAUGACGAUGGCAGUGUGGCCGCUCAGCUUUUACUGUUCGACUACGAGGAUCAGCAGAUAUCGCAUGACUACACCCUGGCCAUGACCUUCAGCCGGGCCAAGUGUCCCAAACAGCUGUGCGUCCUGCCCAACUUCAACUCCGCCCCGGAGCACAAGGAUGUGGGCGCCAUUUGUGUGGUGUGUGCCGAUGGCAGCGUGGAAAUCUACUCGCUGGCAGACUUCCAGGCCACCACAGUGAUCGAGCAGGAGGGCGAGCACUUUGAGUCUGUUGUCUACUGCCGCAACAUGGACAGGCUGUGCUGUUGCUCCCGCCAGGGCGGUUUGCUCUUCUACUCGCUGAACGAGGGCGACAACGAUUCCGGGGACGAACUGCUCGAGCUGGAGGACGAGUGCAGCACAACCCUAACGCAGGCGCAGGCAGGAGAACUGAGUGUCACAGAUGGCACUGGUCGCCCUAUGGCGAUCGGUGCCGAGCAGCACGGCAAGCUGUUGACCGUGAACGAUAGCAUAAGUGUGGAUGUGGGCACCGAAACGGGGGCAUCCACAUCGGGAGCUGCCGCCACACACCAAAGUGUCCACGUCCACACCUCGCCCUCGGCCCAGUCGAUGGGCUCGAACAAUGCCAACUUUCUGGCCUACAAAACAAGCGACUUGACGCUCGACGAUCUGCGCGUGCUCCAUGCCCUCACGCAGUUCGAUGACAAGCUGACCCUCUACUCGGCGGAAGUGCCCAGCUGCUGGAACGAUCUGGGGCAGGUGCAGAAGCAGCGCAAGCAGUCCCAGAACAUGCGGCAUGGCGGCGAUGAGCGUGACUACACGCGCACCUGGCGAUUGCACAACGAUGCUACCACUUGGGACGAGCACAUCAUUGAGCUCAAUUUGGCACAGCCCGUGUCUCUGGGUCACAUUGAUCUGAAGUUCACGGUGUACCAGCAAUGCUCCAAUCCGGCGGCCAUCCAGGUCACCCUGCUCAAGCAGAACACGAAUGGCUUUGGCUAUCGCAUGAAGGGACCGCAUGCCAGCUACAAGCCGAAUGUCAUUGACGACAACAUUGAUCUCUCCUACAUUGCCAAUGAGAAUCCCGUACUCAGCGAGGAAUAUCUACUGGCCCACAAUGCAGAGGUUCUGGCCGGUCCCAUCGAGCUCUCGUCCUGCAUUGAUGUCUGCGAUCAGGGGGGCACGGCAACGCUGACCUCGCCGAAGCUCUUCAAGACGCGUACCCGUAACUUUUUGCUGCACAUCAAGACAGUGGCAGAUCCAUCCAAGGAGGGACAGACCAAGACGAGGGCAUCCCCUCUGAAACGGCACAAGCGCCGACCCCAUCAUAUAGAGAUGUUGGUUAAAGACCAAAAAUCAAAUAAGCAUUCGAAUCCAAUCCCUAAGAGUCCGGCGUCUGAGUACGAAUUGAAGACGGCAGCUCUGAAACUCGAAAGCCAAAGCCAUCUGCAAGUCACACUUAAGAAAAUCCAAAAAGCCGGCUUAAAAAUCAAACAUUUGAACAAGUUAAAGGUGAUCAAAACAAGCGUUGACGAUGGAGCUAGUGCUUCUUCUCAAGAUCCAAGCGAAAUGCUUUCAGAACAAACUUCGCCAGAGCCGCCGCCCGAUUCUCUUGUUUCUGGGGAACUGAUUAGGGAAGGCUGCGACUGGCUGCACGAGAUCUCCAUCAGCGUGAGGGCCGUCAAGUCGCAGAGUCGCAUCAGCAAUGCGAGAAUGCAGCGCAUAGCCAUGCUGGAGAGCAAUGGUUUAAUGGAGCAGCUGCUACGCAUUGCCAGCGAUUCGGGAUCCACGCCGCUGACCAAGAACCUGGCCCUCGACAUCCUCAACUGGAUAUGUUUCAUUCGCCUGAACCGCUUCCGUUCGCCCAAAUCCGAGCGGCUAAAGGAUCAGAUCAACAAGCAGACGGCAGCCAAUAUACCCGAUCUGCUGGCCCAGCAGUUCGAGUGCGUUUCCCUGGCCGAGAAGCAUAUUGAGCAGCUGAUGAGGAACUGCAUCAUCUACAGCGAGCGCAGCACGGCCCACAAGUGCUCCAAGCUGAUAAUAAUGCUUACAGAGGGCGUCACCAAUCUACCCACGGAGCUGCAGCUCUUUACCACGCUGGACUACACCAUUAAGGAGGCCAUCACAAAUACCUUCCACGAGCUGCCCCGUGCCCAGACCGGCAGUGUUGUGCGCUGGUAUACCAUGCUCACGUGCGCCACAUCCACCGCGGAGUCGAACAACAGCAUAUCAGAGCAGGCCAUCAAUUUGCUGAAGGAAAUAGCCGGGGAGAUAGACAAGCGCUGGGAUCCCUGCUGCGCCCUGUUGAGCACACGCUUUGGCCUCUACGGGUUCCCCUUCGAGCCGGAGAUCUUUGACUUUGAUUUCCCCAAUCUCAAUCGGCACGGCAUCAGCUCCCCCGUGGCCUUGACGAAUGUGAUACGCAGCAAUUCGGCGAUCCUCAAAGUGACGGCACUGGACAUUAAGCGUUUGAGUUCGAUUGAUGGCGUCGACUUUCGCACUUUUCCCUAUCUAAUACGAGGCAAGAGCAUCAGCAAUCAGCUGCGCGGCCUGCUCGAGGUGGUCCAACUGCAUUUCAGUUGUGUGCAAACGUCGGAGGCCACUCGCAUCGACAACAUUGACAGUGUGGGUGGCACAGCGGCCUCCAGUCUAGUGAUUGACGAUGUGAUGAUACCCAAGCUGGUGGUGGCCAAGGAAAAGAACGAUGAUGUGCAGCUGAACGAUCUGGUCAACGAUGUGGAGUCCAUGGUGGAGGAAAUCACCGAAAAGGAGGGAAAGAUCGACUUUGAUUCGUUCGGCAUGGUCAAUGGCUUCAAGGAUAAGUCUGUUUCCUCGCUCACCGACCUGGAGCAUGCCCUCAAGGAGGAGGUGAAGAACGAGAAGGCUGCCAUUUUGGACAAGCUGAAGCUGUCACAGUUCCUGCCCGACCUGUCCCUGCUCGAAAGCUAUAUUCUCAAGAAGCAACAGUAUGCCAUGGUGGCUUCCAGCAAACUGGACAACUGGGAAAUGGCACCGACAUCCAAGACUCAGUUGGCACUGGAUACCUUGAAGCCCUUUGCUGGAAUGUUGCCGACACAGGAACAGGCAGCUGCAGCUGCUGGAGCAGACCCAGCCCCAGCCCCAACAGCGCCACAGCAGGCAGGAGUCGCAACAGGCGGCACAGGGGGGACUGGCGACAGCACUGUCGUUCUAGAUGAUGCCGCCGAAUCCGAAAAGAUUAUGGAAAAUCUCAGCGCUAAUCCGUGUCAGCCGAUUGCCUGGCACAAGCUGAUCACGCCGCCGCCCAAACAAAUGAUUAUUAUCGAUCGCAUGCACUCUGGUGCGAGGCGGUUCGUGGUGCUGGACUUUGGCCAGCACAUCCUCCUCACGGACGUGGUGAUACCCCCCUGCGACGAGCUCACGUCUCUGAACAUCGACAUCUGGUGCUUUGACGAGGAGACGGACUGCACGCGUCUCGUCCAGAUGGCGGAUAUCCAGACCAAGACGCUGGUGUUGAGCGACAUACAGCCGCCGCCGAUCUGUCGCUUCCUGAAGGUGACCAUCAUCGGGCGCAUCGGGAUGUCGUCCACCAAGUGCAAGGUGCCGCUGGGUCGGUUCUUUGGCCAUCCCGUUGUGCUCGAGCACGACGGCUAUGGGGAUCAGUUAAUGCGCUUCAUCAAGCAGCCCAAACAGAACCUUCAGGCACAGCUCAAGUCGCUGAAUGCCCUGUACGAGGACGUCCACUGUCGCUACAGUUUGGCCAGCACCAAGCUGAUGGAUGUCCUGGCGCCCAUGCGCCACAGCGAGCUUUCGAAUGUGGCCCAUCUGCAGGCGUUCAUCAACAAGCAGCGCGACGAGGAGCUCGGCAACCUGGACAACAGCAACAAGGUGGUGUCCCUCUACGACGAGUGCAUGCUGCUCCAGUACCAAAUCAAUGUCAUCCGGAACGUGGUGCUGCGCCUGGAGCGCGCAGUCAAUCCCCAUUUGGUGUGCACGCCCCCUCCGAACUCGGGUCCGCUCACAGAGGAAACGCUGCGUACUGCCUCGCGGGACAAGCUGCGUGUCCUCAGCCUCACUUUGGUGGAGGUGCUGCUGCACUUCUCCAUCGAAUACGGCAUCAAGAACAUCCUGCCCGUCUAUCAGCGCUUCAAUGCGGCCACAGCCAAGGCUCUGUUCAACUCCCUGGUGGUCUAUGGCGAUGCCCAGCUGCAGCUGGCCACCUGCUCCCUGCUGGUGGUUAUGUGCUGCUUCCAGCCGUGGUGGGGAGACUUCCUGGCCGAGACCUUUUGCAGCCUCUUUUCCGCACAGAACUGCAAGGCCUUUCCACAGGAUCGCAUAUUCUUUCUGCUGACGUAUCUGGGACGCCGCAGCAUUGGAAUGGGCGCCUGUCGCUCGAUUGUGAUUGAUGCCGUGCUCAAGACCCUCCUGAAGCUGCUGGCCCCCAUUUCGCCGCACUACAAAUUCCAGUCGGAGCAGCCGAGCACAUCGGCCAGUGCCUCAGAGCGUAGCGCCAACAUGGGCAGCACAUCCGAUCUGCAGCUGAUCACCUGGCUGCUCCUCUUCCUCUCCGUGUGUCUGGACGACAACGAGCGCAAGGAUAAAUCUGCCGCACGAUGGGAUUUCAUGAGCUGCGAGAGUGACUUCACCAAGACACGGCCCAACAAUGUGCCAAACAGCAAACAGUUGCGCUGCUUCAAGAAGCGCAUCAUCCAACAGAGCAAAUACUCCGUUCAGCCCUACACGGACUGGGGCAAGAAGAUAUACAUGAUUCAAAACGAGGUAAUAACAAAUCAUCCUGGCAUAUUUAUGGAGCUCUCCACCAAAGCCAAGAGUGGCGCCACCAAAACCCAGACAACAGCCACCAAGAUCAAUAUGGCUGCGGCCAAUAUGUUUAUGGGUAGUGGCGGCCUGCCAAGUGGCAGCAGUGCCACAAAGACUGCGGCCACGUCCACGUCCUCGACAUCGUCGCCCAAGCAUGCGGAUAGCGGCGGAGGAGGAUCCUCUGGCAGCGAGACCGAGCGCGACAGCAACUUUGACAAGGGCCUCAAGACGCUGCGAAUGGCCAAUAUAAAGGUCGUGAUCCGUGGUCUGUUUGCCCUGCUGCUGGAGAUGGACUUUGACUGCAAUAUGGAUCAGUUUCUGCUCACCUGCAAGGUGAUUGCUCGCCUGGUGGCCGCCUGCCGUCCCUCAGUGCAGCUGUGCAAGAUUGUGACCACCGCGCAGCUGGAGCAGCUCGUACGCCUGGCCGUGUGGAACGAUCAGCAGCAGCCCUGGGCUGUGCACGCCAUCACAUGUCUGCUGCAGGAUCUGCUCGAUGCGGACAAGCAGUACCGGGACAGCGAUGUGACGCCCACCAACGAUGCACCGCCCCGGCCCAUGGAGCCAGAGGUGCAGGAAGCCCGCGAUCUUUUCAGUGAUUUUACAUCAUCGUCUUCCUCAUGCUCCGAGGCACAGUUCGAGAUGCUAAUGCCGACAGCUCGAGAGUUUUAUCAGGAGGCCGUUAAAUACAACUACUUGCCCUCUUUGAUCGAAUGCGAUGAUGCGGAGUUCGACGACAUGCUCAACGACAUCGACAUGAUCGAGCGCACAAAGCCGGUGACCAAGAAGGAGAGCAAUGCCCUGUGCAAGAACACCUUUAACUUCUUCUGCAAGUCCAUUUCGGUGGCUAUGGACUCGCGGCUGGAUGUGGGCCUGGAGCUGCAUGUGGAGACGCAGCUGAGACGCCUCACAAAUCGCACCUCCCUGGACCUGUACGCCUCCCUGCCGCAGGUGCUGACAAACGAGUUUGUUUCGCCGCCGCCCGAGGCGGCCCCCUGGCCAGAGUACUUGACCCAGCUGUGGUCCGGAUCGGAGUACAAUGGUCGGAACACGUACGUGAUGUUCAAGAACGUCUUCGACUCGAUACUGGCCGAUCUGCACUACGAGGACACGUGGGUGCAUCUGGAGCAGGUGCUGCAGAUGUGGCUGACGCUCAACUGCGAGCUGGCCGAGAAGCCUUACACGACGGGCAUCUCCCAGACGGACGUGCCCAGAAUACCGUUCGGCGCGAAUGCCGUCCAAGGACUGCUGCUGGCCCUGGCCUGGCACAACGACAUCAAGCUGCGCACCUGGUGCCUGGGCUUCCAGUGCCUGCUGCUCGCGUGCAACUCCCAGCCGAUCGGGGACGAUGCCGACUGCACGCGAAUCAAUGAGGUGAUUGUGAAUGACGAGAACUUUGAGAAGAUGCUGCUGCGUUUCUUCUCUGGCUACGGCAUGAGCUCAUCCAUAAUCACGAAUCGCUGUGCUGGACCCACCAUUUGCAAGCAUCUGCAUGAUCUACUGCUGUGGCUGCAUGGCAAGACCGACAGCAGUGGAAUUCCCUGCAAACGCCAGCUGAAGGACAUCCUGCUGCAUGUCGUGCUGCAGCUGGUGCAGCCCGGAGGGGCCAUUAGCAACCAGCAGGGCCCCAUAGAUGCCCAGAAUCAGUUGGUGCGCGACCUGCUGAUGAUGCCCACCGACAAGGGAGAUUUAAACAUAGCCCUCAAGAUCACCGAAAGUGUUUCUUUCCUGGUCUUCAACAACAUUUCCAAUGGCGAGAAACUGCAGUGCCAGCGUGGCAAUGAGAGCAACAAUCCCGGCAACAACUUUAGCAAUCUGUUCGCGAAUGUCCUGGGCUCGGAGAAUCCCAUCAAGCAGAAUGCCACAAUAUGCGACAAUUCGCUGAUCAUAAAUCUGCUUCGAUUGUCCUCUCACAUGGUGCUCACCGAGAUGCCCAGGCAGCCAAGCGAGGUAACUAUUCCCGAGGAGGAGGAGGAGCUCUCCACUGAAAGCCAGACGGAUGAGACCAAGGCAGAGCAGCUGAACACGGAAGGGCAUCGUAGCAAAGUGCCCUGCAUAGCCGAUUGGGUGCUACGCCAGUUCCCAACGAUGAAACGUCUCUUUGGCACGCUCUCCCAGUGCUCCACGAAUACGUUCACGAUGAUGUCCUCGGGUGGCUUUCUGUUGCUCAAGUCGAACACCGUACUCGAUGAUCCCCAGACGAUUGCCGACGCCGUCUUCAGUCUGAUGAUAACACUCAGCGACAAGGCCUCCAAUCCGCGACUGGUAGUGGCGCCCAUCUGCCAGUACCUCGAAGAGACCACCAUUCAGCGGAAUGCAACGCUGCCGCGUCUGCCGCUGUCGGAGCCCUUCCUGUGGUACAUCUCCAAGGUGCUAGAGGUGACGGCAGCCGUGCAGACCUUCACCCAGCUGGGCGGCAUACACAUUAUCUGCCACAAUUUGGUGCGGCUCAAUAAGACGAUCAUCAACAUGCAGCCAGGAUUGAUCUCGCUGAUUAUGCAGCACAUGACGCGGAAUACUCGCCUCAAGCUGAACACCCACAUGGCCGCCAACAGUGCCUGCAAGAAGACCACCACCAGUACGGGCGCCACAUCGGCGCCUGCCACCCAGCAUCCACCGCGCAGCGGGGCCCAGUACGACGGGCUCAUUAAUUUCGCCCCCUUCUCGCACAUCGUGUCCGAGAAUGAUGCGGCCCAAAGCGCCGAGGUGCUCAUAUCGAAUCCGAAUGCAACGCACAGGCGUCCGCGCUCCCCGGCCUGGAGCUACAUGUUCUACCCGAACGAAACGCAUGUCGAUCUGACCAUCACGCUGCCCACCGCCAUUCUGCUGAAGGAAGUGCAACUGGUGCCGCACACCUCCAAUCUGGCCUCCUGCCCCUCAGCCGUGGCCCUCGAGCUGUCGCGCGACUAUGGCGUGGGCUCCAUUCCAAUAGGUGCGCCCAUGGCCACCACAGGACUCACCUGCAUCCGCCUCAAGCUGUCCAAGGCGGAGGUGGCCACCAGCAUUGUGAUCAGGCUGUACAAACCCAAGGACUGCGGGAACGUGGGUCUGGUGCAGAUUGCCGUGCUCGGCCAGACAAUAUUCGGUAAUCGCAUGCAAGGGCUGCGCUCGCAGGGGCCGUUCAUGGACUCGCUGACGUCGUGCUCGUCGCCGCUGCAAACGGCUGCCAUGUCCACCAUAGACGCCGAUGCCAUGCCGGAGGAUGAUGCAUUUGCCAAGACCAGCAUUGGCUGGGUGCGCAUCCUGUCGCGUUGCUUCCAUAUGGCCGCCCUGCAGCCCGACACGAAGCUGGCCGAUCUGAUUGCCGCCUAUCCGGCAUCCUAUCCGGGCUUCCUGGAGGCCUGCUGCUCGCUGCUGAAUAUCAUGCCCAUGAUUCCGAGUCUCGCACAGCAGCAUCUGGAGACCAUACUGCUCAAGCUGGGCGCCUACAAUCACGAGCUUAGUCUGCAGCUCCUACGAACGCUGCUGUGGCACACCACGCCCCAGGUCUUUAAGCUGUCCAGCGAUGCUGUGUGCGAUCUCAUCCACGAGGUGGUCACUGGCUCCUCGACGCAUCUGCUGGACAAGCUGCGCGUGCUCAUCGACUGGAUCAUGCAGCUGCACGACAACUACAGCAAGCAGGCGCGCUGCAAUAACCCUCAGAGCGGCUUCGUCAAGGUCAUUGCCUCGAUCCUGUGGCGGGUGCACGUCCAGUAUCAGCUGCCAGAGCUGCCGCAGCUGAUCACCUCGGCCCUGUUCGAGACCUGCUUCGAAUGGGUGUCGGUCCUGGAGCAAGAUGAGCCCCUCAAGAGCAGCUUCGAUUCGCUGCUCUGUGCCCUGUGCUUCAUCAAGCCGGAGCUGUUCAAUCAGCUGCUGGUCAAGCUGGGCGUAAAGCUGGAGCCGCCGGCUCGUGGCCAGACCGACGACAGCAAGGUGCAGAGCGGCAGCGCCUGGUUCCGCCGCGAGGGCAGUGAGAAUCUGAUGGUUCUCCUGGAACGUCCCACAUUCCUGAAGACGCUGGCCCUCGCCUGCCAGUCCCCGGCGGCUGUCUACCAAAUGCUGGACUCUGGCCUGCCCAAGCUGUUGGCCCACGCCGUCUACGAGUACUGCACUCAUCUGCUGGCGGGCUUGGAGCAAGAAGCUCCUUCCCUAGCUGCAGCUCCGGCUCCAGCUCCAGCUCCAGCUCAGGCGGCGAUGCCAACUGAUGGCCAGCAGGGCUCGUCGUCCCUCACGGACUUUGACAAGGCGGAGGCGCCACCAAGUGCCAGCCCACCGAAUCUCAACACUCCGCUGCUGAGCAGCUCGGUUGUGCCCAAAGUGCUGGACUUUUUCGCCGAGUGCUGCGCGGAGGGACCCAUGCGGAACUGGCUGGGCACGAUGCAGGGCUCUGUGUUCUGGAAGCCGCUGCUGCAGCUCCUGUGCCACACACACUCGUCGCAGUUCAGCAAGACGCUGCCCAUGCAGCAGUCCUUCAUUCGCCUAGAGCGCUCCACUAUCAACUUUCUGACGCGCGUGAGUGCCUGCCAUCCGGAGAACCAGGAAGUGCUCACCUCCCUCCUCAUCGGCGCCAUCAUCUGCAAGCCGCUGCGAUCUGUCCAGGGCACUCGCCCCACCAUCUCCGGAUUCACGCGGCAACUGGUGCUGCAGCUGCUGCUGGAGAACGAGCACAUCACCGUCGCUGUGCGCAGUCAGCAUCCACUGCAGCGCCGGGACACGCUGUCCGCCAUUAUGGGUGGCGGUGGGUCUGGGUCUGGCUCUGCGGCCUCGAACAGCAUCAGCAGCACCAGCCUGCCGGUGGCGGCAGUCAACAAUCAUCCGGCCAAACGCAGCAGUGCCCACUAUAUGCUCUUCAAUGUGACCACGAGCACGACCUGCCAGGAGAUUCUCAUGAAUUGCGUUAGCGCUUAUAGUAACUUAGUUUACACUACAUCAACAGAUCCGCGCGCUAGCGAGCCCUCAGGCAGUGGCAAUGGAAACGGGAGUGGCAGUGGUGGCACGGGUGCCCCAGGAGCCGCCGUAAGUUCCAAAUUCGUCAAUCCCAAACAGGACAAGAACUGGGACAAGAAUUGCUAUAUCAAUCUGAGCAAUGUGGAUCUGAGCAGCCUAGAGUUCCUGAGCGUGGGUGCCGCCGUGGCGGCCAAGGACAAACGCAUCAAAGAUGCCAAAAACCUGCUGGCCGUUAACAAGGACAAGGAGACGCAGACAACCAGCUCGACUUCCAAUGUGUUCAAUGUCGAGGAGUUUCUGUUGCAAUCGAAUUGGUCCAAGAAAAAUCAGCUGGUCAUUGCGGACUAUCCCAACGUAGUGCUAUCUGGUGAUGCCACAAUCUCCCAGGUGCUGGCCACACUAGAGGCGGCAGGCCACUCGCUGGCCAUACCGUGCCUGACCCUGGAUCUGGUGCCCCUCCAGCAUGGAGACGAGACCAUCGACGACAAGAAGACAAAGGCAGCCUGCACAGAGCCACUGCCAUCGCCACUGCAACGCUUCUCGAGCAACGGUGGCCUCUCGCUGCUGGCCCACUAUCUGCCCACUGUGUAUCCGGAGCAUUCGGGCCGCAAGACCGUGAUGAUGGUCACCGAAAAGGAGAAGAGUCCCCCACUGGCGGACUGGGUGAAGCUGGAGCCAAACGAUGAGAUAUACGAGGAUCUGGAGGACACCAUUUGCGAGCCAGUGGCCAAGCAGACGCCCGUCAGCUCAGUGCCGCAGCAUUCGCUGGCCGCCUUUGGACUGUUUCUUCGUUUGCCCGCCUACUCCGAUGUCCUGCUGAGGGACAAGCUGCGGGCCCAGUGCCUGUUGCGUUUGGUUCUGGGCGUGACAGGCGACGGCGAGGGCAAUGACAUCUAUAGCCUCUCGCUGGCACCCUCGCUGCCCACGCUGCCCUUUGAGGUCUUCCGCCAGCUGCUGGACACUGUGCCGCUGUCCACCGACGAUGGAAUGCUGCUCCGCCGCGUGGUCAUUGAGGUGGGGGCCAUGCACCUUGUCCUCAAUUGUCUGGGCAUCUUUUCGCAUCAGUCGCACAACAACAGGAUUGGGGCACCGAUCAACCAGCCCUCGCCGAGUGGCAGUGCCAGCGGCGGUGGAAACGGAAGCACAACCACAACAACCACGAAUGGAACCGCCGCUGGGGCCAAGAGCAGUGGAGGGGACGAGCCCACGCCCAGUGGCACCUCGGACGACAAGAGCCACAUGUAUUGGGCCAAGGGAACAGGCUUCGGCACCGGUUCCACCACACAGUCGUGGAACGUGGAGCAGGCCCUGCUGCGCCAGAAGAGCGAGGAGGAGCAUGUCACCGUGCUGCUGUUGGUGCUGGCCAGCUACAUCAAUCCGGGCGACUGUAUACCCAGCGAGAUGUGCGGCGAGGACAUACUCGCCUACCACGAUGUGCGCGACGUGCCCGGGGAGCUGCCCGCUCUGUUCCAGACCCUGCUGCAGCAGUCGUGCUUGAUUCCCGCCCUGAGCUCGUAUCUGCGCAACGAUUCCGUUCUGGACAUAACUCGACACAUUCCGCUGUAUCGUGCCAUACUGAAGCUGCUGCGCGCCCUCUCGCUGUCCAAGUCUCUCGUCUCGCUGCUCCAGCCGGCGCCCAGCGCCUGCGGCGAGGGCACACAAUCCAUCGCUGAGCUGCUGACGAACAUGAAGACCUGCGUGGACACGUAUGCCAAGCGUCUAAAAGUCAACAAGAAGUCGAACAUCAAGGGCCAGACGCAGCAAUUGACAUUCAACAUUGACGAUGGCGAUGACGAGGGACUGGCACUGCUCAUACCGGACAUACAGGAGACGAGUGUGCUGGUGCAGAAGACCACCGAUGCCGAUGCCCUGAUCAACAUGCAGAGCAGCAGCGAGGACGGCAGCGGCCAGCUGGAACGUCCCUUGAGCAAGUCGGUCGAACAGCGCUAUUUGGAGCUGAUGAAGAAGCGGCAGUUCGACACGUUCGACAUGAUUGUCGAGUCGGAGAACAAUAGCUUUCGGUUUGUGGUGUCGCAUCAUUUUGAGAAAAUGGUGCGACUGGCAGGCGAUCGCUAUCAUCCGUCGCGGGUUAAGCGGCUGGCUCAAGAAGCGGUCACUCUGUCCACCAGUCUGCCUCUGAGCUACAGCAGCUCUGUAUUUGUGCGCUGUGAUACGGACAGAUUGGAUGUGAUGAAGGUGCUCAUUACUGGGCCAUCGGACACCCCGUAUGCCAAUGGAUGCUUCGAGUUCGAUGUCUUCUUUCCGCCAGACUAUCCCAAUCUGCCCAUGCUCAUCAAUUUGGAGACCACGGGCCGCCAUUCGGUGCGUUUCAAUCCCAAUCUCUACAACGAUGGCAAAGUGUGUCUGUCGGUGCUGAACACCUGGCAUGGGCGUCCCGAGGAGAAGUGGAAUGCGCAGACCUCCAGUUUCCUGCAGGUGCUAGUCUCCAUCCAAUCGCUGAUCCUAGUCCCAGAGCCGUACUUCAAUGAGCCUGGCUUUGAGCGCAGUCGUGGCACUCCUAGUGGCACCAACUCGUCGCGGGAGUACAAUAGCAACAUCUAUCAGGCCUGCGUUCGCUGGGCCAUGCUCGAACAGAUACGCAAUCCGAGUCCCUGCUUCAAAGACGUCAUACAUAAACAUUUCUGGAUGAAGCGCGAGGAGGUCUGCACACAGAUCGAGGGCUGGAUUGAGGAGCUUAGUAAGCCCCAGUACACAGAGCGGGCUAGCCGCACCAUAUCGUUUAACUCUAUGGUUCUGCGUCGACACUAUCGUCACUUGCGCGAGGAGCUGGCCAAAUUGAAGCCGCCACGCGGACUGGAGGAUCUGGAUGCACCUUUCAAUCCUGUUGCCACGCUGCCCCCAAUGGAUGUCUCCGCGGCGCCAGCUGCCACAACCACAGCAAAUGUCCAGGUGGGAACGGAUGGUCCUAUUGUUCCGGAACUGAAUCUAAUAACAGAUGAUGGGGACGACAGCGACAAUGGCCCUUGCAUCCUGGAUCCAGUGUCGGGCGUCCUCAAAGGCGUGGAGGAAGUGGUUGAAAUUCUGAGUGAUACAGAGAACGAGAGCAGUGUUUGGCAGGAGAAGGAAGAGGAGGAGGAGGACGAAGGCGACGUCGACGGCGAUGGCGAUGGCGACGGUGAUGGCGAGGAGGAGUAAGAUUAGCUGCCCAAUGGAAAUGAUAGUGAUGCCCUAGGUUAUGGCAUUUCCCCUGCAGCUGUUUCCCCCCCACCUCCCGCCACACACUCCCCACCUUUGUGCCCGGCCACUGCCCAGACACAGGACACUUUUAUUUAAACACUACAAUUUUUGUUUUGCGCCAUUAGUUGUUUUAUUUGUAAGAGAGAGACUGCAACAGAACUUGGUGUGCUUUACUUAAAGGAACCGUAACGAUUAAUGUUAAAAAAAAACAAAACCUAUGAUAAUGAUCUUCAAGAAUAAGCUGGUACAUUUGCAUCCACACAUCGUCAAACUCGUACACACAUGCAUACGCACUCUCCCGGGCAUUACGAGAGACUUUCAAUUCAACAAAAUAUCCCACUCUGCAUGUAUAUGAGAAUACUGUACCGAAUACACUGUACUCUUUUUUAUAAAUGCUUACUAUAUGAUACUAUAUACAAAACAGAUCCAAUCCAUCAGAUUCGAGAAGAAUAUUCACGUGUGUGUUGGAGAAAAAAGAAGAACCACAGGAGGACCGGACCGUGUGACUUGCGUUGGAAAUAUCAGCACCGUGACCGAGUAUACAACACACACACACAAGAUAAACCACCAAAAGUAAAUUAAUGUGUAUUAAACUAUGUAUGUGCGUAGUGAUUUAGUUAAAUAUUUACAGAUGAAGAAUGUAAAUGUUACUUUUCCGAUUGAAAUAAAACUCAAAAUCAAUUUUGUUUCCCCCAAAAAAUCUAAAAAAAAGCAAAAA